GAAGAAGUAUACGUCAUUUGACCGCGCCAUCUCCACAAGCAGGCACAUUUCAAUGACAACCUGCAUAUGUAACAUAUAUUAAUUACAGAAUAAUAGAGCCAAAUAACUAUUCACUUAACAAUGCAACGAGCCGUUUUUGCACACAUUGCAUUGCAUGACUGGACGCAUGUUUUCAGUCCUUUGAGGAUACAACAAUGUUUGAAGCACAGAGCACUACCAGUACAGCUCAGUUCUCGKGCAUACAGUGUGAUACCGCCCCCGCGCGACGAAGCAGAGAAGGCUCUGCUGCACAGUAUGUUGCGGGUGGACCACGCAGGGGAAUACGGUGCCAACCGCAUCUACGCCGGCCAGAUGGCAGUGUUGGGAAGGUCACAGAUAGGACCGCUUAUUCAGGAAAUGUGGGAUCAAGAGAAGAAGCAUCUUGCCAAAUUCAAUGAGAUCCUUGCAGAGAACAGAGUUCGCCCAACGUUGCUGUUGCCCCUCUGGAACAUGGCAGGUUUUUUACUAGGAGCGGGCACCGCUCUACUGGGUAAGGAAGGGGCCAUGGCCUGUACUGUGGCUGUGGAGGAGAGCAUCUCAGAGCACUACAACAGCCAGAUCAGAGCCCUCAUGGAGGAGGACCCAGACAGAUACGUAGAGCUGUUAAAAUUAAUAAAGGAAUUCCGAGAUGAUGAGAUGGAACAUCAUGAUACAGGACUGGAGCACGAUGCUGAAUCUGUAAGCCCUCUUUCCCACUUUGAUCUUUAGGUUUUACUCUAUUUA